UUAUUUUAGUAGGAUGAUGGCAAGUGGUCUAGAAAAUCCUCAAAUCAUUGCUCAUCUUGAGAAAAGCCUUGAUUAUACUAUCUUUGACGUCAGAUGGAUACCUUGUAGUGCCAGGUUUGUCGUUGUUGGAAGUCAUGCACGUGGCACAGGAGCAAUGCAAGUUUUCGAGAUGGGACAAAAAGAACUUAUCUGCUCUAAGAAGUACGAGAAGAAGGACGAGAUAAAAUGUUGUACAUUCGGAGCAACAGCUCUGCAAGACAGGCACCUGGCUACUGGAAACUUUAAGGGCAAGAUGGAAACAUGGGACUUGGAGAAGGGAGACCUACCAGUUUACUCAGUAAAGGCUCACUCGGAGAUAAUCAACUGUAUUGACGGUGUUGGAGGUUUAGGUAUUGGACUUGGUGCUCCCGAGAUUGUUACUGGGUCACGCGAUGGGACAGUCAAAGUGUGGGAUGUCAGGCAAGAUAACGACCCUGUUGCGAUGAUGCAACCUAAAGAGUCUGAAGCCAAGAGGGACUGCUGGGCUGUUGCUUUUGGUAACUCGUACACUGAAGCGGAGAGAGUGGUGGCUGCUGGAUACGAUAACGGAGACAUCAAACUGUUUGAUUUGAGGAACAUGGCUGUUAGAUGGGAAACUAACAUAAAAAACGGGGUUUGUGGAUUGCAGUUCGAUCGUAAAGAUAUCCUCAUGAAUAAACUUGUGGCUACAACUUUGGAAGGGAAAUUCCACACUUUCGACGUGCGGGUUGAUCAUCCGAAACGCAGUUAUCCUUCAGUAAUAGAAAAGGCACACAAAUCUACGAUAUGGGGAGUCAGACACUUGCCUCAAAACAGAGACGUUUACAUGACCCUCGGUGGAAAUGGAUCUCUGUGCCUAUGGAAAUACAAUUACCCUAAAGAGAGAACUAAACAAGAUGGUGAUGGUGUAGAAUACGGAGUGGCUGGUACUGUGGAACAGAUACAGAAUGUUAUCCUUGGAACACAGCCCUUGUCUGGAUUUGAUUGGAGCCCUGAUAAGGAGGGAUUGUGUGUUUGCUCUGGAUUUGAUCAAACUGUCAGAGUUUGCAUCGUGACUCGACUCAAAUCUCUCUGAAGCUAUGGAAACGAGCUGCUUACUUGAUAGUCAAACAAAUACGGAGACUUCCUUUCUGAUCGCCAUUCACAAUGUCAAGUGAUUCCUUGGUUUGAUUGAACUUUGGACUGAUAUUUUGCUGCAGGUUAACAGCAAUGAAUGUGAAAUUCUCAGAUCUUACUCGAGAAUGUAAACUUUUUUUAAAGUCUCGGGAUCUUACUUAGGAAUUUAAACAUAGUCGUUCUUUAGGGAAAUUUUGAAGAUUUUUAUUGAUAUGUACCUUGUUACAUGCUUGAGAUGCAAUGGCUGGGCCAGAAAACUUGUAAGGUUCAAUUUUUAACGCGUAUUCAAUCUUUGUCAGAAACGUAAGAUCUUGACUGUAUUAUAUUUUGUUCCAUAACUUAAUUUAUUUAUAUGAUUUACUUUCUAAACAGAAA